UUUAUAUAUAACCAAUGAAGUUUAGAACAACUCAGGUUGGGGAGCGCAGGGAUGAAGAGCGCACGGGCGGUACGUUUCUUAACGAUCAAGCCAUGGAUGUAAUAUCACCUAGGUUACCCUAUCCCGUGGUGUGUAGCACUGCUAUCGCAACUCACAGAGAGUGGAAGUUCUAAAGCUCUGAAACUCUAGUGAACAAAGACCAAGGAAUGCGCGUCUCUUCUCUCCGUUCGUGUUUCUCUGAUGCAAGUGGCAGGUGAGCUCCGUUGGUGCCCCGGCUGUGCUCAGUAUGCCCAUGGCCAUGACAGGCCCUGGAGGCUUGCAGUGCAGGCGCAACAGUAAACUAGACUCAUUUCUCAAGAGGAACACCGAGCGCGGGGUGUAUGAGCGGAUCCGCGCAUAUGAACCGUGCGUGGUGAUCUCGGAGAGGGUGAAUAAGGUGUUCAUGCAUGUCGUUCUCAGUGAUGAGUGUGUGUAUCUGGCUGAGUACCCGCCGCGCACCCUCACAACCGCGGUCGAUUUCAGACACAUCCGAGACAUCGAGCUGGUCAAUGAUCUACCAGAGUUCCUCAGUGGCCGAGACCGGGAGCGCUCGCAGCACAUUCGUGUGGUCUACGCCACUUCAAAGCCAUCUGGGAAGAAAAAUGGUCUGCUCAGAGGAGAACCUCGCGUUCCUCCCGUCCCCUCUCCUCGCCAGCACUGGCCCAUCUCCCCCUCCACGGAAGGUAUUGGUGGAACUCUCCUGUCGACCCUCUCAGAACCCCCAGAUAGAGACGGGUGGAACGUCUCCCCUGUCCCCAUGAGGUGAGACCUGCUGUCCAUUCCCAUUCAACAGCCAUGACGCUCUUCAGACCCAUUCAGUCCCAGUCAGUCCCCUGCCUUACGGUCCCCUUUGAAAUGGCCUUAUCGCUGUCUUCCAGGCUGACACUGGCUAGAGGGCGUUUUCUGCAUUAUACAGUGAGAUCCCAUUAUCCUACUGUUACAGGAGACAGACAGUCAGUCUGUCAAUCCAACACAGGUCAGGCCAUGGACCAUAGUGAGACAGACUGCAGGCCUGAACAUGGUUCUGUGGUUUCACAGAUAGUCUGGUUUAUUUACUGUCUAAACCUUUCUUAGUGGUAGCAUGUGACAUGGGUACAUGAGCUGCAACACCACGGCCAACACAGAUAGCUAGAGAGACGCCUUGUGUGUUUGCGUAGGCAGGUGGGGGCUGUAGGCAACUUGGCAACAGCGGUAUUUUCCGAUAUGAAUGACGAUACUAUGUACACCCCUUACUGUAACUUUUCCCACAUUUUGAAUUUUAAAUGGAUUACAUUGAAAUGUUGUGUCACUGUUCUAGACACAAUAAC